UUAAACUAAUCUCGCAAUGAAGUAUACAUUCUACCUUUUCGUUUUCUUGUGUAACACACAAUUUGUCACAACUUGGCGCUCAUUUACAUUUCGCUUCUCUGCAAUACAAUGUACGAAACGAUCACAACUUAUCUCAUACAAUGAAUUCGAAAAAUUUGCAAAAAUGCCAAAUAAGUGCCCAGUGGCAAAGGGCACGGAAAUACAUGUGAAGAACAUGUCAUUGGAUCCGGAAAGGUUUCCCCCAUAUGUACCACAAACAGGUUUCAAGACAGAAGUGCGACUGUGGGAAAAAUACAUGCCCCUUUUUAACCUCAAUGUUAUUGGAAGUGUUGAUAUGAAAAAACGUAUUACGAAACAGCAAUCAAAUAAAUAAUGGAGGCUAUUGGAAAUGCGCCCAACUCUUUUUUACACGGUUUCUUUUUACAUGGAUUUGAAGUUACACGGUUGAAAAAAAAACAAAUAAUUUUAACAAAUUUUUAAUCUUGUACGGUUUCAAAAUCACUGUCUUGUAAUAAUGUUUGUUUUUACCACACUUAGCACCAUUGCUGAAAUGAACAUACAUAGUAGUAACUGGGAAAUCCCCGUAUUCGAUACACAUUCUGUUCGCAUGAUAUUUACAUUGCUGAAAUGGAUAUCUCCAGCGAUGAUACCGACUUUAGUCCAGUUCGUCGCAAACAAUUGCACUUGUUAUCAAGUAGCGACGAACAAUCAUGUAGCUAUGUAAAUAUUUUUUCUUUAUUUCGAUUCUAAUUUUUCUGUUCUUAAUUCUGGAUUAACAGAUUUCUUUUGUUUUUCGCUUAAUCUACCAAUUUACCACCUUUAUGAAUUAUGUGUUUUAAGUUUUAAUGUUCAAUAAAAUGCCAUAUGAACAUACAACUUGUAUACAUAUCUGAAAUUUUAUAGUUUUUAACAUUUUUACACGGUUUUUAUAAGUAAAUAUAGUUCUUUAUUUCAUCUUACACGGUUUUCAGAUGACAUGGAACGUAUCCCCCAUUUUUAGUAUAGGAAACGCCUCUUUUUUACACGGAUUUCUGAGGAACGUAUCUAAGGUGCAAAAAAAGAGUUGGGUGUAUUAAGAUUAAUUUAACGUAAAUCUCCAGUAAGAAUGUUUUGAAAGAUAUAUAGUACAUAUGUAAUU